UAUGUAUGACCCGACAAACAUAGAGACUUGUUUUGGUUGCAUUUAACCUCGUGCCCAUUUGAGUUUUUGGAUAUAAAAGGAACCGAGUUGAUCACAAAAUGCAUAGAGAAGUAUUUUUCUUUAGAAACGGUAAGUAUUUGAGUUUUAAACAACUAGAAAUCCCAGUUCAUACAUAGUAUUCUAUUAUGUCGACCAGUUUAUUCAACAUGUUUUUGACGAUACUAUUGGUAUUAUCUGCAUUGAUUUGCAGUAUAAAUUGCGGUCCUGAUAAACCAGCCGAGACGAAAGCUGCUCAAUGCUAUGGCGACCUGCCAGUAGACAUUGCCACGCCAGGGUAUAAUCGUGAUUAUGACUAUACCGAAGAAGACAGGAUAAAAGCUUCAAUCUAUAACGACAAUAGCGUCUCUCAAUACGGCGCUCAUGAAGCAUACGGCCAUCAGAAUGGUUACCAAUACCCAAGUCAAUACUACGAAGGAGAUUUAGUUAAAGAUUCAGUAGAAUAAAAUUAUAAUAUUAUUUUAUUACUUGUGUAUUUUAAUCAUGUAACGGGUUUUUCAAUAAAUUAUUA